CUCUGAAAAUGGGGCUCGUACUUUGUCUUCUGAUCUGUUAUUUUCUUUGCACCAGUGGGAAACAACAUGUUCAACCUGAACUGAAAAAUCAAGUGACCACUAGAUGCAAUGUAACAGAGAAUGUAGUAAUCAGCCAACCUCAGUGGCACGUGGAAAUCAACAAAACAGUACAUUUCUUUGGUGUAAUCUUACAGAAUAGCUCUUUGGAAAGUAUGGUGUGUGCUAAAAAGCUGAUGUGUGCAUUUACAAACUCCUGUGCAGCCACUGGAAAUCAUGUAACAUUGACGGUUCUGAUCUGUCCUUUUAGUGCAAAGUAUCAGAAUAGUUUAAAAGAUCAACUUGUGACAACGUGCCGAAAUGCUAAGGGUGGCCUUGCAGAAAAUAUUGUGUGGAUUUCAUCAAAAGCGAGACAGAAGUAUGAACAUGAACAGCAGAAUGCAAGCAGGACUGUUGCUCAUAAUUACAAGUCAACACGAUAUAGCAACCAUUUGGAGAACAUAACCUGCCUAAUAAACCAUCCAGUAACUUUUACACCUUUGGAACUAUUCAUAAGAUGUCCUUUCAGAAUCAGAAUUAAAAGCAACAGUCACGGUGUUAAGGGGAGGAAAAACAAAUUUAUCUUCAACACCAAGGACAGUGAGGGCAUCAUUCAGGUUGAAAUAACAGGCUGUGUGGAGAAAGUUGACUUAAGCUGUUCAAAAAAAAAUGGCUCCCUUCCUGAAGGUAUUGAAUUGAUUGAAAAUCACGUCAUAUUCAAAGGACCUAUGAAAGAAAGCUAUCCUGGCAAGUAUGAAUGUGUAGCUUCGAAUCAACAGUGGAAGUUGUCAGCACAGUGGGAGAUUGAGAUUACUUCCGAUGAAAAUCACUGGAUUCCUACAAGAAUUAUAUUGAUAGCAUCAUGUGUGCUCUUCGCAGGAAUUGUUUCUUUUUUCUGUAUUUUGAGAUGGUAUAAAAGAAAACAACUGGUAGUUAUUCCUCAGGAUUUCCCGACAGCUCCGCUCACUUUUCAAAUAUGGCAUGAACUCUACAGUGAGUAUACACGCGAUCUCAAGCUCUGCUGAUUGUUCUGCUCACUUUUCAAAUCUGGUACAAAACUUCAACAACCAUAAUAAAGAGUUAUGUUAUAUUAUCCUGUGACACCUUUCUACUUAUUUUUUUCUGGCUUGGAACACCAAAAAUUACUAAUUUUUCAUUGUUUAAAUUAUUUAGAGCUCUUUACAACUGGAGUCACUCAGGUGAGGCAGAAGUAUCGGAUUAGUCCAUCAGACCAUAAGACAUGCUGUAGGAGCAGAAUUAAGCCAUUUGGCCCAUCGACCCUGCUCCAUUCAAUCAUGGCUGAUCCUUUAUUUUCCUUCCUCAGUCCCACUCUUCGACCUUCUCCCUGUAACCUUUGAUGCUGUGUCCAAUCAAGAACUAUCAAGCUCUGCCUUAAAUACACCCAAUGACCUGGCCUCCACAGCUGCAUGUGGCAACUGAUUCCACAAAUUCACCACCCUUUGGCUGAAGAAAUUUCUCCGCAUCUCUGUUUUAAAUGGAUGCCACUCUCCCUUGAAGCUAUACCCUCUUGUCCUAGACUCCCCCACCAUGGGAAAUAUCCUUUCCACAUCUACUCUGUCCAGGCUUUCAACCUUCGAAAUGUUUCAAUGAGAUACCCCCAUCCUUCUAAAUUCCAGCAAGUACCAACCCAGAGCUAUCAAACAUUCCUUGUAUGAUAACCCUUUAAUUCCCAGAAUAAUCCUUGUGAACCUCCUCUGAACCCACUCCAACGCCAGCACAUAUUUUCGUAGAGGAGGAACCCAAGACCUCACCAGUUCCUUAUAAAGUGUCAGCAUCACAUCCCUGCUCUUGUAUUCUAGACCUCUUGCCUUUUGCUUGUGCCUUCCUCACCACUGACUCUACCUACAAGUUAACCUUUAGGGUGUUCUGUACAAGGACUCCCAAGUCCCUUUGUAUCUCAGGUUUUUGGAUUUUCUCUCCAUUUAGAAAAUAGUCUGCACAUUGAUUUCUACUACCAAAGUGCAUGACCAUGCAUUUUCCAACAUUGUAUUUCACUUGCCAUUCUCUUGUCCAUUCUCCUAAUCUGUUUAAGACCUUCUACGCUACACCCUAUCUGCUUCCUCAAUACUACUUGCCCCUCCACCAAUCUUUGUAUCAUCUACAAACCUGGCAACAAAGCCAUAGAAACAUAGAAAAUAGGUGCAGGAGUAGGCCAUUCGGCCCUUCGAGCCUGCCCCACCAUUUAUUAUGAUCAUGGCUGAUCAUCCAACUCAGAACCCCGCCCCAGCCUUCGCUCCAUACCCCCUGACCCCCGUAGCCACAAGGGCCAUAUCUAACUCCCUCAAUCUAUUCCAUCAUUUAAAUUAUUGAUAUACAGCAUAAAAAGAAGUGGUCCCAACACCGACCCCUAUGGAACACCACUAGUCACUGACAGCCAACCAGAAAAGGACCUUUUAUUCCCAUUCACUGCCUCCUACCAAACAGCCAUUGUUCAAACCAUGUUACACACAUCAAAGUUGCUAGUGAA